CAAUAUCUUCAAUCUCUGGAUAAAACGUCUCCUUGUGUAUCAGAUGUGCACACCAAUCAUAAAUUGUCAAAAAUAAAAAAAAUCUCACAAAGAUUAUGCUUUUUCUUGCACUAAAUCUUCUUGUAUAUUUUGUUCAAGUGCGAAUCACAAGCUCAAUGGCUGUGAACGGUUUAAAAGUUUAUCAACUGCACAACGUUUUGACACUGUAAAGCGAUUCACACUGUGCAUCAAUUGUUUAUCAAAAGGACAUCAACGUUCUAACUGCCCAUCAACUUAUAGAUGUAAGAUUUGUUCAGAUCAACAUCACACCUUGUUACAUCGUAGCAACACCAUCAAUGCUACAACACCUUUCAACUCAGUUCAUCCUACUCCACAGUCAUCAAUGGUGUCAGCUGUAGCUACUA